UAGAUUAUUAACUUUGUUAUUCAUUCAUAAGAUUUCAAUUUCUUAAGCAUAAAAAACUAGUUAAAUUGUAAAGGAAAUUGUGACGUCGCCAUUUUAAGGUGUCACCACUGCCAAUACUGCAUAGGAAACUGCAAUGGCGCUGGCUCUUAAACUUUGCCGCAUACCGGCAUGCAACACGUUAUUAUGCCAGCAAGCAAAGAAAAUAAAAUGCAGCCACAUUCGUCUGUGCACUUCAAAAAGUGAGUCGGCUGAAGAAAAACUAAAGCCUGUUAAAUCGCUAACAAAUCCUAAAAGUAAGUCUACCUUCUCAUGGCCUGAUGAAGAGAUGCCAUCAACGCAUUCAAAUAGUGAAAUUUCUGGAAUCGAUAGCAGUCGCACAACAGUGUCAACAAAACAAAAAUUGUCACCGGGUGUGGUGCGAGAAAAUGUUAAGGGAUAUGUUUUCACCAGAUAUUUUGACUAUGUUAAGAACUAUGAUAAGGUGUUAGAAAAAAAUUUCCCUUCGGCUAUGAAAGUUUACAGAGUAUUUUUUGAUGGCGUAAAAGAGUUCUAUGCGGAUAUGAAACGUUACUUGAAAAUAACACGCAUUUCAAACACCUCGCCGGAGGGAAUGAAAGCUUUAAAUCGUAAAGAACUGGAACUUUAUAUGCAAAUGCCACGUGAUAUGUUUAAAGUAGCACCAGCUAUAAUAUUAUCAUCUCUUCCCAUAGUUGGUUAUGCCAUUUUUCCUUUAGUGUUUAUGUAUCCACGAACAUUUUUAUCAGCGCACUUUUGGACAAUACAGCAACGUGCUGAAUUCCAACAGCUGAAGAUGAAAGAACGUCUAAGCAAUAAUAGACCAGUUUUUCGCCAGUUACAAGCAAAGUUACAUAAUGUUAUCAAUAAUGAACACUACACUGAAUUUGAUAAUAUACUGGGAUUAAUCGGCAGUGGUUUUCAUCCCACAGUCGAAGCUGUAUUGGAAAUUAAAGAUAUAUUUGCUCACCCACCCUAUAAUUUGUAUUCUCUGAACCGCAAGCAUAUAAAAUUACUAAUUAAAAUGCAUGGCAUGUCUGGCGGAUUAUUUAAAAGGCGGAGGUUAGAGGAACUUGCAUUUUUAAUACACUUCAUGGAUUUAGCAAUUGUCCGUGAAGGUGGCAUACAUAAUAUGCCGCAAGAAGCUAUUAAAUAUAGUUGCUUUAUCCGUGGGCUCAAUCCUUCAAAUUUGAGUAAUGAGGAAAUGAUUGAAUGGCUAAGAAAUUGGAUACAAAUAUCAACAAACAUACAACAGGCACAUAUCAGCUUAUUUCUUCAUUUACCACUUUUCUUAGGUUAUAAUCAUCCAAAUAAUUGGCAAUUGAUUUACGGUGAUCAGAAACCGAAGUCAGGUGCAAACAAAAUGCAACGAUCGAACUAGCAACGUUAAAUAUUAAAAAUAUUGGUUGCUUUUUACAAAAGUCUACGGAUGCAGACUAUAAAAAAUUGUUAUUCAAUGGUUCUAUUUAAUUUCAUGUUUAUUUCAUUUUGGUAUUAGAACUUUAAAUUAUUUAUAUUCGUUACUCACAUAUAUACCAUGUAUAUUUUAAAAUAAAACUGCUCCCUGACACCACUAGUCUCACAUAAAACGAUUUGUUUAC